AUGAGAGUCUCAACAUUGACUGCUACGCUCACGCUACUGCUACCGGCGUCUGUCGUUGCAGCACCGACAAUUGAACAACGCUGGUCCUCGCCCUCCUUCUGGGCUUCGCACUCCGGCCAUGGUUCACAAUUUCGUCGAGGCUGCGACUACGCCCUCUGCGACCUUUCAAAAGCAAGACUGCCCAAAGCACCCACACCACUUCCACCUCCUUCCUACAAUCUCACACUCAGUCACGUCUCGAUCGGUCGCGGCACCCAAAACUACACUUGUGAUCUUUCGAACAGCACUGCCAUACCUGUAGCUGCAGGCGCAACAGCAGCUCUCUACAAUGUCUCAUGCAUUGCCGCCAACCAUCCUGCUCUUUUGUCAAUGAUCCCUGGUAUUGCGAUCAAUUUACCUCUGCCUUCUUCAUCUUCUGCCAUGUCUCCCAUCAACAUGGAUCUAUCUGGUCACCAUUACUUCUUGGACGCAACUACACCAUUUUUUAAUCUCGACACAGAAAUGCAUUCAUACGGCAUUGGCGCGUUCAAGAAAGUCAAUGCUACUGAAGCGCCUGCUGGUGCUGUGGCUGGCAUAUAUGGAGCAGGUAUGGGUGCAGUACCAUGGCUCAAACUGACAGAAAAGGUCGGGGUUGAAGGAAGUCAGAAGUUGAAAGAGGUAUACAGAGUCAACACUGCUGGUGGACAGCCGCCUACUACUUGCCAAGGUCAGCAAGAGAGUAUUCUUGUUCAGUAUGCUGCAGAGUAUUGGGUUUAUGUCUGA